UGUGACGUAUUCUCACAGGUGCGGCCUAACACUGACGCCACAUACAGCUCGUCGCCCGGGGCAUUUUGCCGUUGAGUUCGAGAGAGAGACAUGGCUGCUCGCGGUGGUGUCUUUCUACCACUUCUACUGCUUCUGGUAGGGGUAUCUGCAGUCCCAGCAAAACCACAGGAGUUUGAGAAGAAUGGUGAGGUUGAAGUGUUGAAUAUCACGAAGUUGGGGAAGCUGAUUGAGACCAGGAAAUGGCUGGAUGAAGCAGAGGUGGAAGUGUUUGAUGACGUGGAUCUGGUAGCUGGAGAGACGGUAGAAGAGGGGAACAGGCAGUACUGGUCGCCGAACUGCCCCAGCGGCUUCUACAAGUACUGGUCAGCUUCGAACGUGGCCAGCAUCUGCUACACCAUCGGCACCACCAAGAAGGACUGGUUUGACGCCAAGGAGGCCUGCGAACGUCUCACACCGCCGUCCAGCAGAUGCUUCAGCACCCUGGCGAGCGUGAUGAACGGCAAUGAGAACCACUUCAUCAGCACUUUGAUGG